AUAACAAAAUAAGUGGCCACAAAUUGAAAUGGCAAUUUUGUUGUCAUAUAAUUUUUGUAUAAGUGAUUUUGUUAAGCCAAAGCCCUAAAUUAGAUUUAUCAGUAUUCACUGAUAGCGAUGUAAUUUAAAAUAAUAUAAAAUACUAUUCAAAAUAAUACGUAUUAAAAAUGGUUGAAGUAAUUCCAUGUUCUCUUCCUGAUACUCAAAGCCAAAAAGAAUUCGAUUGGAAUGAAGAAAAUGAUAUAAAUGUUCCUAAGGUUUGGGGAUGGCUUUAUCCUACUCGUUUACAUUUAAAACCCUUAGAUCUGGUAAAUUCGACAUUCACUUUGGGAAGAUCUAUUGAUUGUGAUAUAGUUUUAAAUGGCCAAAAUAUAACACCAAAUAUUUUAAAAAUAGUUAGUAAACGACAUUUUAAAAUUUAUCGAGAAGAUGUUGACCAAAGUACCAUUAUGUACUUAGAAGAUUGCAGUUAUAAUGGAACAUUUAUUAAUGGCCAAAGAGUUGGCAAAGGGAAAAAAGUUAUAUUACAAAAUGGAGAUGAAAUAUCAAUUGGACAUCCUUCUGUUAGAGUUUACGUAUUCAAAUGUAUAUGCGAUAGCGUUCAUUUACCUAAAGAAAUUAGUUCGAAAUAUGUUGUUACGAGGCUAUUAGGUACCGGAGCAUGUGGAGAAGUAAAACUUGUAUGGAAUAAAAAAACAUGUGAAAAAUAUGCAAUGAAAAAAAUUGUAAAAAAUAAAUUUAUGACCAUCCUAAAAAAACCACAAGCUAAUGAUCCGGCUCGUAUUAUGAACGAAGUUAAAAUAUUGAAAUCGUUAAAUCAUCCUUGCGUCAUUCAUAUGGAAGAUAUUGUUGAUACCGAAGAUGCUGUCUACAUAAUAUUAGAAUUAAUGGAAGGGGGCGAACUAUUUGAUCGAAUUGUAUCAUUUAACCUUGGCAUUCCAGAACCUGAUGCCAAGAUAAUAUUCUACCAAAUUAUCUUAGCCGUGUAUUAUUUACAUCAACAAGGAAUAACACAUCGCGAUUUGAAACCCGAAAAUAUAUUAUUAUCAGAAAACCGUCCUGACACUAUUGUCAAAGUAUCUGAUUUUGGUCUUAGUAAAUUUGUGAAUGAGGAAACAGUUUUAACAACAGUUUGCGGUACUCCAAUGUAUGUUGCUCCUGAAAUAUUAUUAACAAAAGGACGUGGAAGCUAUACAAAACAGAUUGAUGUAUGGAGUUUGGGCGUUAUACUUUAUGUAACGUUAAGUGGCCAUUUACCAUUUAGCCAAGAUGAUCCAAAAUUAACAUUAGCUGAACAAAUAACAAAAGGAAUCUAUACGUUUCCAUAUUCUUGCUUUAAGAAUGUUUCGAAUACUGCCAUUGAUUUAAUUAAAAAGAUUUUAGUUGUUGAUCCUACUAAACGAUUAACAGUCGAAGAAAUUCUAAAACAUCCGUGGUUUAAUGAUGAAAUAUUGCUCUCUAAAGUGAGCCGAUUAAUCGGCAGUGAACAUAUAGUUUGUGAUUUUGGAUUUAAUUUAGAUGAGGAACAAGUAUUUGAACCUAAUUCAAAAAGGCUUCGAAUAUGUAAUUAAUUAAAAAAAAACAAACAAUUAAUUUUAUAUUUAAAUUUUAAGAAUAACCGUUAAUAGCAUAGAAUUUUUAUCAACAUGCUAACUCUCCACCUUGAAUAAUAUACAAGCCCGUAAAUAUAAAGUGUGUGAGAGACCAAACAAAAUCCUGCCCAAUCUAUCUUACGUCGGCAGUAAUUUCGAAAACUUUGGUUGCUUGUAUCUUACGCCACCGUAAUUUGCUAUGGCAGUAAAAAUCGACCACUUUAGAUCAUUUUAAAUCCAAAGUAACAAAACUCAGUGGUCAGUAAAAAUAAAUUGCGGUAAUUCGUGGUCAUGAAAUUUGAAUGAAGAGAUUGAAAAAUAAAUAAAAUUGACACAUUAAAUUUAAAAUCGCAAGCAAAAUGAACUUUUUUCAUACAGUCAUCUUAUUCAACAGUUAAUCGACAUAAAAACAUUUUUAAAGAAAAAUUACAUUACAUUUCGAAAAUUCGGGCUCUUUAUUUUAUUAUUGCCACACAAAAAAGGUUGAAAACGUUGUUAUUCUAGAAUGAUUUUUGAAUAGAAAAAAUGUUAUCAAGCUUAAAUGAAAAAUAAAUAAUUUAGUAUGCUUUUUCGUUUUUGAAAGAAAAUUUUGUUUCCGUGUACGAGAUUAAUCGAUAAUGCUUUGAAAGGGGGUACCACUUUGAUAGCAAAAGAUAUGCAUUUUUAGUUAUUUAGAUUUAUUAAAACCAGUGAAUUUUGAACCCGUCUCAGUGGCACCUCUUAUUAAUGGAUAUAAUUUAUACUUUUCUGAAAUUCUACUUUUGUAUGUUUCUGCUAUAGGUUUGAUUUAAUUUAUAUAGAUCAAGAGCUAACGAUGGCCAGGAUAUAUCAUACACAGACACUUUUUCAAUCGACGCCAAAAGGAGUUUUCUCGUUAUUUAAUAUAGUAAAGAUCUGGCUAGCAUAGUCUCUUGCAUUAUUAAUAGUUGUAAGGAAUUCAAGAAAAUAUUUUUUCGUUACUACGAAAAUUAGAAUCUAACUCCGGAAUUAUUGAUUUAUUAGAUCAGAUUUUCGAGAA